AUGGACACAGCAAACAUUCUUUUAUGUUCUCUGCUUUCCAAAUCAUUCCAUAUUUCGCUCACCCUUCCACCCACUGACUACCCAGUAAGGGAGAGACAUAACCCGGCCCUUCUCUUCUUCUCCUCCUCUUUUCCCUCCACUGAUUUUGCUUCUUCUUCUUCUUCUUCUUUUUUUAUAUUUUUUCUCCCACUUGCCACUUCCUCCUUCCUCCUCCUCUUUCUACAUUUUCCCUCCACUCAUUCCACUUCCUCCUCCUUCUAUACUCUUCCCAUUCCUCUAAUUUUAUUUCGUUCUUCUUCUUUUUCCUUUUUCUCCCCACUCUUCCUCUUCUUCCUCCUCCUCUUUCUACACUCUUCCCACUCCACUAAUUUUAUUUCCUUCUUCUUCUUCUUCUUCUUCUUCUAUAUUUCCUUUCUCCCACUAAGCCACUUCCUCUUCUUCCUCCUCCUCUUUCUACACUCUUCCCACUCCACUAAUUUUAUUUCUUCUUCUUCUUCUUCUUCUUCUUCUUCUUCAUAUUUCCUUUCUCCCACUAAGCCACUUCCCCUUUUCCCUCUUCUUCCUCUUCCCUCCACUAAUUUAUUUCUUCUUCUUCUUCUUCUUCUUCUUCUUCUUCUUUUAAUUUCUUGUCCUUUCUUCCUUCCUCUUUCUACACUCUUCCUCCCAUUUUUAUUUCUUCUUCUUCUUCUUCUUCUUCUUCUUCUUCUUCUUCUUCUUUUCUUCUUUUCACGCCACUUUCUUAUUCCCUCCAAAUGUUAUUCUUCUUCUUCUUCUUCUCUUCUUCCUCCCUCCUCUUUCUCCUUCCCCUCCACUAAUUUUAUUUCUUCUUCUUCUUCUUCUUUUUCUCCCACUAAGCCACUUCCUCUUUCCUCCUCUUUCUACCUCUUCCCUCCACUAAUUUUUAUUUCUUCUUCUUCUUCUUUAUCCUUUUCCCACUACUUUAUUCUUCUUCUUCUUCUUAUUUCCUUUCUCCCACCCCUAAGUUCAAUUCUUCCUGAGGUCUUUCUACACUCUUCCCAGGUGUUUUUAUUUCUUCUUCUUCUUACUUCUUCUUCUUCUUCUUCUUCUAUAUUUCCUUUCUCCCCUAACAAUUUCUUCACCUCCUUAUUACAAAUCUGGUUCCCACUGAUUUUAUCAAAUUCUUCUUCUUCUUUCAAAGAAGGCCUUCCUCAGCUUCCUGUCUUCUUCUUCUUCUUCUUCUUCCUUUUCUCCCCCCUUUCUCCCACAGAAUUUGUUCUUCCUCCUCCUCUUUUCCUCUUCCCUCCAUAG